AUGGCGCCCACAGUCCUCGGGCUCGAGGAGCAUUUCAUAGGGAAGGCGGUCGUCGACUCCAGCCCCGACGCCAUGUUCCUCGACGAUGUCAUGGAGAACCUCGCCGACCUAGGGCCGCGACGGUUAGAGGCCAUGGAUCGAGGAAACAUGCACAUACAGAUCGUGUCGCACAUCCCAGACGUUCAACCACCAGAAUUGUGCCGGGCGGUCAACGACCAGCUAUUCGCAGCGACCCAGCAAGGCCACGGGCGACUGAGAGGCUUCGCCUUCCUGCCCAUGGCGACACCAGACUCCGUUGCCGCGGAGCUAGAGCGGUGUGUCAAGACUCUGGGCUUCCUGGGCGCACUGAUUCCCAACCACGCGAACGGGCGGUACUACGACGACGCCGCGUACUGGCCCAUGUUCGAAAAGGCACAGGAGCUCGAUGUGCCCAUAUACCUCCACCCGACGGUCGCCGACGACUUGCAACGCUAUGCGGGAAAUUACGACCGCACGGCCCAGGACCUCAUCGCGGGCCCGGGCCUAUGCUGGCACACGGACGUCGCUACGCAUGUGCUCCGCCUGUACGCGAGCGGGGUGUUUGACGCGUAUCCGCGUCUCAAGCUCGUGCUGGGGCACAACGGGGAGUCACUCCCCUUCAUGCUCGAGAGAGUGGACCGGAUGUUUUCGAGGCGGUGGGGAAAGGAGGAGAAGAGAAAGAGAGGCUUCAUGGCCGUGUGGAACGAAAAUAUCUGGAUAACCACCAGUGGAAUGUACCAUUUGGGACCUCUCAGGUGUUGUCUGACCAUGUGUAAGCCCGAAAGAGUCCUUUUUAGUGUCGACUACCCGUUUGAAGACCCUAAGGACGGCUUGAAGUUCAUGGAAGAGCUCCAAAGGAGCGGCUUGGUGACAGAGGAGCAACUUGACAUGAUCUGUCAGGAAAACGCCAAAGCAUUGCUUCGAAUCUAG